ACAAGAAAGGAGUGCUGCUAGAAGAAAAGCGGGCUGCUAGGAUCGCCCGUGUUCCGAGCCGGCAGAGAGAGCGAGCUGCUGGCUGCUUGGUGAAUAAGCCCAGUCUGAAUCCGCGUGUGCACUGAGAUGUGAAGAGGCGGCUCAGAUUUCCUGCCUGGAGAGAAGACCCAAUCUUUUCUUCUCCCCUAGCCUGCUUUCUUCCCUUUCAGUCUCAGAGCUGGUGUCUUGCAGAGAGGGAGGAGGGGGCCGGGAGAGAAUUGUCUGCAGUUUUUUUUGUGUGUGUGUUUUGGGAGGGGAGGGGGCUGAGAGCAGAUAGAGAGAGGUGCUGCUCUGCUCUUGUCUUUGUAGUGUCACGGUGGGGGGGCGAGGAAGGAGCUUUUUUUUCUGCUGUUCCUGAAUUCAGUCACUCUCUGCCUCCUGCCUCGGAAGAAGCAGCAAGGACAAUCUCUCCCUUCCUCCUAAGUUUCCUUCCCAUAACUGGGGAAUAUUCUUUUUAUCCCCCCCACCUUUCCAGUAUUCCUCCCGCACUGUAGUGAAGUGCGUUCCACCUGCUCCUGUGGGAUAUCCAGCCUUUGGCGCACACACGGGCACUGUACAUGGUCGGGAGGAGGUAAAGCUGCGGCUGGGUGCUACAGAAAGUUCUGCUCUAGUCUUUCGAGAAGUUUUGUUGCUGAUCUGAAUAUCUUCUGCAUGGAUUCUGUCACUGGCAGGUCACUUGCAGGAAGCUCAUUUCCACGUAUCUAGAGGUUUUAAUAACAAGUCAUGAUGGUGGAAUCUGCAUCUGAGUCGAUACGAUCAACUCCAACCAGUCAGAAUGGAGUAGGCAGCCUUCCCAACCAAUCAGAUGGAGGCGGAGCAAGGGAAGGAAGUGCAAGUGGGGAUACUAAUGGAGACUUAAGUACAGCAGAACUCCUGCACUUCCAACAGCAGCAGGCUUUACAGGUGGCAAGGCAGUUUUUGCUUCAGCAGGCAAGUGGACUGAACUCUCCCAGCAGUACAGAUAACAAGCAGACAUCCGUUCAGGUCCCUGUGUCAGUGGCCAUGAUGUCUCCUCAGAUGAUCACACAGCAGCAGAUGCAGCAGAUUUUGUCCCCAGGACAGCUCCAAGCUGUCCUGCAGCAGCAGCAAGCUUUAAUGUUACAACAGCUGCAGGAAUAUUACAAAAAGCAGCAAGAACAAUUGCACCUCCAAUUACUCUCCCAGCAACAGGCAGGGAAACAUCAGCCCAAAGAGAUCUCUGCUUUACAGCCUACAUUGGGGAAUAAACAGCUAGCGUUCCAGCAGCAGCUUCUACAGAUGCAGCAGCUGCAACAACAACACUUGCUAAACCUACAGAGACAGAGCCUGAUAGGACUGCAGCCUGGGCAAGGAUCGGUGACCUUGCCAGGCCUCCCACAAGCUGUGUCCCCAUCAGAUCUGCAGCAACUCUUGAAGGAGAUGAGUAAUAAUCAAGAGGAUUCCAGCAAGCAGGACAGUGUUGAACUAAGCACUACAAUCACUACCUCAUACCCAUCUACCAAGAUGUCCCCUGCCACUGUUUACCCUUCAUUACCCAAUGGGCAAAGUGCUCUACAGAACACACGCCGAGAUUGUUCAUCACAUUAUGAGAUGCCUCCCAGUUCACAUCCUCUGUACGGACAUGGUGAAUGUCGGUGGCCAGGAUGUGAGGCCCUAUGCGAGGAUAUGGGACAGUUUAUCAAACACCUGAACACAGAACAUGCUCUGGAUGAUCGCAGUACAGCACAGUGCCGAGUACAGAUGCAGGUGGUACAGCAACUGGAGAUACAGCUCGCAAAAGAGAGUGAACGGUUACAGGCCAUGAUGACGCAUCUGCACAUGAGACCAUCAGAACCAAAGCACUUCAGUCAACCACUCAACCUGGUCUCCAGUGCAUCUAUCACCAAAAUGUCCCCAGACACCUACCCUGACGGCUUACCUCAACCUCCAACCUCUGCAACAGCCCCCAUCACUCCAAUGAGAGCAGGCACAUCUGUGAUUAGCUCGUCAAGCCUGCCUAACCUCGGUCCAGUGCGAAGAAGAAUAGUGGACAAGUUUUGCACCCCAAUAUCCUCAGAGCUUGCUCAGAAUCACGAGUUUUAUAAAAAUGCUGAAGUCCGUCCACCAUUCACAUAUGCCUCCCUCAUCCGACAGGCUAUUCUAGACACACCAGACAGGCAGCUGACUCUGAAUGAGAUCUACAAUUGGUUUACGCGCAUGUUUGCAUAUUUUAGACGAAACACAGCCACAUGGAAGAAUGCAGUUCGCCACAACCUUAGCUUGCACAAAUGCUUUGUGCGUGUGGAGAACGUGAAGGGCGCAGUGUGGACAGUGGAUGAGCUGGAAUACCAAAAGAGGAGGCCGCCAAAGAUGACAGGAAGCCCAACCCUGGUUAAGAACAUGAUUUCAGGCCUGGGAUAUGGAGCCUUAAAUGCCAGUUACCAGUUCUCAUUUCCCACCCAGGCUGCACUCGCCGAGAGUAGUUUUCCUUUGCUGAAUAGCCCUCCAUUGCUUAACAGUUCUGGCAGUGGCCUCCAUGGUGGACAUGAUGAUGUUACAAGCACCGGAGAGCCUGGAAACAGUAAUGGUAGCAGCCCUCGCCUGUCUCCCCAGUACAGUCAAUCUGUUCAUGUCAAAGAAGAGCCAGCUGAAGAGGACGUCAGACCUCGCUCUCUCUCAGUCCCCAGUCAGAAUACAGUGCUGCCAGAAGACCAGGACUUGGAACCAGAGACAGCUAUGGAAGAAUUGUCCUAAUAACUUCAGUGUCCCAAGUGUUACCUCCCUUGCCCCAAAGUCCAGCACUUCCAUCAGAGACCAACUUGAACCUCCACGCAAACCUUGUUCAAUUGAAACUGAAUGAGACUUGAACAUGGUUAACUAUCAUACCUUGGGUCUUCCUCAUUUUUGCAGCACUUCACUUCAGUGACUUAUGGACAGAAGAGGGGUCCCACAUUCCUUUUCACCCCAAACAGAUAUAGCAUGGGCACUGAUUCUUUUUAUGGCUGGAUAUUACCAGGGUGGGGGGAACCACUUCUGUGUUAUUAACCCCACUGCACAUUAUGGAAAGUAUGGACUCCAACUGUCUUUAGGAGCAUGCCUGGACCUCUUUCUUCGCCCCACAAUGCAUGCAGGGCCGGGUGUCCUUCAUCAAGUCCCCUUUACUAGCUCUUUUGUCUGGUCAUUUCUGAAGGUACCAAAAAUCCAGACUUUAUUUAUUUUGCUCUGCUUGUUUCGGAUAAAUGUUACUGCUGGCAUUCCUCACACAUACAUGUGAGCAUAUGGUACGUACACUUACAGAUGGGUGCACCACAUGAAGCAUACACGUUCAGCUCAACAGACACUCAUUUUAGACAAAUGCACACAUGGGGGACUAUGAAGAGCAAUGUUGCUUGUGCCUUGAAAGGGAUUUGUGCACUGCAAAAUAGGACAAAUGCUGCUUCAUAUGUGUACAAAGUUUGUGACCCAUCUGGACUUGCCCUGUCUUCAAAAUACUUUUACAAAUAUUUUUUUGUACCUGUAAAAUAUAUAGUUCCAUGACUGGUGCACAUGAAAGAACUGUGAUUUUCAGUUCCACUCCAUACCAGUGUCUAAUGCCCUUUUGUUAAAAAAAAAAAAAAAUCUUAAAGUGUCAGUUCAUCAGUUACAAUCACAAGCCACUUAUACUCUUACUGUGUUAUAUAGAACUACAGUGUUACAUGACAGGCGGGAUGACUGCAGUCUGCUAAGAAUGUUUAUGUUGUUUGGGACCAAUUCUGUUGCAUAUCAUGGAACAUACAUUCCAAGUUCACAGGUAAAUUAAACAUACCAUGUUUGUCAUAUACACCUUUACUUUUUUCCAUUGACAUGCUAGUUGGUUUUAUAUACAUACUCUUUAUUUACAUAUACUGACACUGCCUAUUUGUAUACAUUUUACAAACACUGCCCUAGCACAUGCAUUGUUCUUUGCAGUGACAGUAUAAACAUACAUAGUACAUUUCUUUCUUCAAUAACUGCCCUUUUUGUCACAAAAUAACUUACCCCUCCUGAACAAGUGAAGGGCUAGUAGACAGACCCUCCCUCCUGUGUGCUGCAUCCUCCUCCCCUUCCCUGACCAAAGAUACCUCUUCAUGCCAAAAAAACCCCAAACCACCUCUCACUUUGGCUUUAGAUUCCUGGAACAUGGAAUGAAAUAUGGAGGUCACUCUAAGCCAAAGGUCCUAGUGUAUCUGUAACAGUCACUAAGACUGUCACUUCCCUUCCCUGCUGGAGUUUGACCUCUCCUCAUGCUGUAUCUCAUCUGUCUGUAUACAUACACUAUGAGGCUUGGUGUCAAUGUCAAUAGUAACUGUCAUGCACUUUGUGCGGAAGUCUGUUGACUGAAAAAUCGACAGUGUGAUUUUUUCUGUGUGGGUGUGUAGCAAGAAUCUAAAAAGUAUUAAUUUUGAACAUAGAGAAUUCCUAUAAUAGUGUGAAUGGUGAGUGUGUCACACACAUUGAUAAGUGUGUGCAGUUACACUCUGUGAGUGUGAACUUCACUUGAAGUUAGAUUUUUUUGUGACUGUUUAGUGUGGGAGUUUUCAAGUUUGAAGGGUACACACACUUGUGAUUAGUGUAAAUGGCACUGCUUGUAUACAACAAUGGGUGAGAGCAAUAACACUGCAGCCCAUACAUUGUGUCCUUUCCUCUGGACCUGGCCCUGUGUUGUGUCACUAUGCUGCUGGUUGGUGGGAGGAGAAGAAGCAGAAAUUGUUACCUCAUUGGUGCUGUGGUCUCGAUAUAGCAGAUCCAACACUGUGCCGGCUUCACGUGUGCACCUGGUCCAGAUUCCUUGUGUACAAUAGGUUCUAGGUGCAUGAAACAAACAUGUAUGGACAUUGGCAUAUAAAAUGCAAUAAAUAUAAUUCUGCCACAUA